AUGGUUCCUGUGUCUCUGCAGUCACACUCCAAUGACAGCCAAGCCAAGGACUUUACUCGCAUCCUGCCGUUCCAGCUCUCCAUGUCCAUCCUGGGAUUUUUGGACCAAAAAUCCCUGGCUGCGUGUUCUGCUGUGAAUGGCCACUGGGAAUUCCUGGUCAGGCGGCUCCAGGAGGACCAGGGGUGUCGGAGCACAGUACAGAAGAACCUCCUGUGGUUGAAGGAGCUGUGUCCUAGAAAACCCAUCCCAAACUACGCUAAAAGAGUCGAUGUGCAAAUUCCCCAGUUAAAUGAUGAGGGUGAGGUCAUUGAAGUGAAUGACAAGGAGCAGAAGAAGAGACGUAAAUCGAAGACAGAUGAUUUCAGUCUGCACGAAGCCUAUCAGGAACUGAAAACUCACAAGAUCGAGCUGGAAGAGAGGAAUGUCUUCUGUGGCCCCUACAAGACCCGUGUCCUCUUGGAGCAGUUCGACGGGAGAAGGAGAGCCCAUUACAGCGGUGGGGACUGGGUGGCUGCUGCCCACAGGAGAGUGAAGCUACUGCACGUGCCAGCAGGGCAGGACGUGCCCCUGGUGCUGCACGGCCACACCGGGCUCUGCAGAGCUCUGUACCUCUGCGAGGACAUGGGGCUCCUGCUCGGCAGCACCAGCGCCGACCUCAGCAUCAGGUGCUGGAAUAUCCACAGUGGUGCCUGCGUGAGAACUUUCUCAGGGCACUACACCAGUAUCACCUGCCUGCAUUCCCACCAGGAGCACUUUGUAUCAGGAGCUGGGGAUGGCAUGGUGAAAGUGUGGAGCUUGAAGAGUGGGAAAUGUCUGAGGACUCUGAUGCACAAUAGCCCCGUGUGGGCAGUGAGGAUGGACGGGACCCAUGUGGUCAGUGGGGGUCACCGAGGGCUGGUGAAGGUCUGGAGUGCUGAGACAGGGGCUCUGAUCAAGACAUUAGAGAGGCACCAAGGCCCAGUUCUCUGCUUGUCCUUUGACCAGUGGCACCUCGUCACAGGGAGCAGUGAUGGAUAUGCCCUGGGAUGGAGUAUGUUGGGAAAAUUUAGGAGAUGCCUGAUAGCUUUCUUCCAUCCCAAGGAAGUCCUAUCCCUGGAGUUCCUGUACCUCAGAGUCAUCAGUGGCUGUGCUGAUGGACACAUUCGGAUAUUCAACUUCCUGACUGGAACCUGCCUCAGGGUGCUGGAGCCCAACAGCAGCAGGGACCCUGUGUCUGCUCUCUAUGUUGCAGGAAACAGGGUGGUGACCAACUCCCCCAGCAGACUGCUGCUGCUCCAGUUCGAGGCUGUGGUGUGGGACUACUCCCUACCCGCUGACAGAGAGGUGGAGAAAAAGGAGAAGAAGCCCCAGGAGGGGAAGGGUGCCAGUGCAGAGCAGCAGCGAGUUCAGGACAAGUCCCAAAGAUCUCACCAGCCACCAAAGAGCGGUGGAAGACCCAAAAGUGAUGAAGCCAAACAGGGCCCUGCUCCCCCUGCACCUGAGGAGGCAGAGGACACUUUGGAAUAUGAGCUGCCCCAGAGAGAACCGAGCCAUCCAAUGUCCCCUGACAAGUUCCUCUUAACAAUCAGCACCCUGCAGAGCUCCUGCCAGCCAGCCCCAGCCAGCCUCAGCCCUGAGCUCUGUGCAGAAGCCAGGGAAGCACAGCAGCAGUGCCCUGGGAAGGAUCUGAUGUCCAAAAUGCCCCUGCAGCACCAGGAGGAGCAGGCAGCCCAGCUCCAGCGUGCCAGGCUGCACAGCCAUUCUCUGACCAUGACUAAAGUCUCAACUCCCUUUGAAACCAAAAUGCUGCGGCUCAGGCUGAAGAGCUCCUUGCACAGCCCCGCUGUGAAAUCCUCCAUCCCUGCUCCCUGUGUUGUACGUCCCAAGUUUUGUGGCUCGCUGGCAGAAAGGAAAACUCCCAGUGGCCAUGGGAAAGACACUCCUGGCCCCAAAGAUGGGGGUCAGCUCAUCGAUCUCUGCGCAGCUUCUUCAGAGCUGGUCCAGCCAACACCUGGCACGGCUGCACAGAUGAGGAAUGAAGAGAAUAAAGCCAGGAGAAUAAAGCCCUUCUGUCCCUCCAGUUCCCGCAGGGACAGUGGGUUCAGGCUCCUGACAGCAGAGCAGGAGGUGCGUGAGGCAGCUGUGGCAGUUCAGCAGCAGGCACAGCAGGCAAAGCGCACAGAAGAUAAAGAAAGAGCCAGAAGGAAAGCCUGGCUGAGGAAAAUGAGAGGUCUACCUGUGGAUUCUUUUACUGGGGAGAGGAAAACACCUGCUCCAGAACUUGGGCAUAAUACAUUUAUCUGAGGUGAUCCCUGAGUCCAACCAACAGCCACAACCUGGGAUUUGGGUGUCCAGCUGAGUCUGCCAUGUGGCUUUAAGUAUAAAAUACAGAUAUAUUCAUUUAUAUACAUUUAAGUAUAUUUAGUAUAUUGAAGUAUACUCCCUGUGGUUUUAAGUGCAAAACACAUCUCCACUGUAAGUUUUCCUAAGAAAUACUAUUGGUAUAUGCAUCUAUUUCUCAAGGCAGUGAAUGGACUGAGCCCUCUCCUGGAUUUACUCCCAAAACCUGCUGUCCUUACUGACAUGGCACUGUCUGACACCAAUACAGCUCAGGAUGGGCUAACUCGGUGAGAAUAAUAAUAAAAAACAUCUGAGCAGAGCUUCUGUGGAUUGAUUAGGCUGUGGAAUCUGAAGAUGUGUGAACUGAAAGCUGCUGGAUCAGUGGCACAAAGACUGCUCGGAGGCCAGUAACUGGGGGUUGAUCCUGGUUCUGAUUUUGUUUCACAUCAUCAUUAAUCAAUGACCUGGACCAUGACAGGGUGUCCUGAGGUGCCACUAGCCCCAGGGAGGUGCUGCCACCCAGAGGGACCCGGCCAGGCUGGACGCAGAGCUGAGAGAACCUUGGGGAAGUUCAGCAGGGGAAGCUCCAGUGCUGCCCUGGGGAGGAACAGUCCAGCCCCAGGACCUGUGGAAAGCAGCUUAAACUUCAUUUCUGUGAAAUGCGAAAUAGGGUAAGGGGUUCAAUUUCCCCAUUUUUCUGGAUAAAUACCUACAUGUACUUGACUGGGGAGAGUUUCCUGUCCAUGCCAGGGGGAUGGAACUGGACGGUCUUUAAGGUUUCUUACAACCCCAACCAUUCUGUGAUUUUGUAGUUUCCACUAAUGCUGAGGACUUAACAGGAGGACAAAAACCUUUCUAGUAUUUAAAACAAAACAAAACAAACAAAACAAAAAAAACAAACAAACAAAAACCCCAAAAAACCCAAAAACUAAACAAAAAAACACACCUAUUUAUCUAGCUUUGAGUAUCUGGGCUGGUGUACCAAAAAACUGUUGCACAAGAGGUUUGAGAGAGGCCAGUUCUGCCCAUGGUCAUGUCAAGGCACUUUCAGCAGCAGUUCUGGUUUGAAAUUAAAGUCUCUAAAACUCUCUGCACAGUGGGGUUGUGGUUAGUGUUGGUUUGUUUAAUUCAAUGCCAUCUCUGACUUGCAAACCCUGGGAUGAAGCCAGUGAAAAAUAACUGCAGGGAGGCUGGCAGCUGGAGCGACUGGCACAUCUGUGCCAUGGCACAGGGACUGUCACAGGUGGCUGUGCCUGGCACUAGGGAGCAGGGAUGUCACAUUCUGCCACAGGAUGGCAGCUUCUGCCAAGGAUUAGCCCACCCUGCUAAUCUCAACCCAAGGAACCUGUGCCACAACCCCUGGGAAAACGUCUCUUUAGAAAGCCUGAUAGAAAAACAUCAUGGAAAGGCUAAUUCCUUUUUGGCCAUGACGAAGUGAGGAAGAGACGGAAAGCUGGGAGAGGGUGUUGGAGAUGGCCUGGAAGGGAAUUAGGCUGGGGCAAGAGGUCGAGCCUGUGAAGUCACAGAGUUAACUGAGGGGAGGCUGUUUUUCAUAGAAUCCCGGAAAGGUUUGGGUUGGAAGGGAUCAAAGCCCACCCAGUGCCACCCCUGCCAUGGCAUGGACACCUCCCAGUGUCCCAGGCUGCUCCAAGCCCCAGUGUCCAGCCUGGCCUUGGGCACUGCCAGGGAUCCAGGGGCAGCCCCAGCUGCUCUGGGCACCCUGUGCCAGGGGCUCCCUGUGCCAGGGGCUCUCCACCCUCACAGGGGACAAUUCCUGCCCAAUAACCCAUCUAUUCCUGUCAGCGUUAGUGCCUCAGUUAUCUGAACUAAACUGACCUGUUCUGUGCAGCUGCACUUUGGCAGCCUGUGACAAACUGGGCGGUGCAGUAUGCGAUGGCCCCCAAGCAGACAUGGCCUGGCAGAGCGGCAGUAGCAGCAUUUUGGUAGUUUUGGUGUAAACAGGUGUCGCUCGGGCUGUCCUGGUGCUCCCCGAGGUGCAGACAUUACCCUGCUGUGCCGACACCGUGCUGUGUCA